GCUCGUUCAAAACAGAUGAAAAAACCUGCGUAUUUGAGCGACGAAACGGCGUCGUCUGGCGACGAUUCCUUCGACGAUUCGAUCGAAGAUACAGAACAGUCGUGGAUUGCGUGGUUUUGCGGAUUGAAAGGAAAUGAGUUAUUUUGUGAAGUUGACGAAGAAUACAUACAAGACGAUUUCAACUUGAGCGGCCUCAGCUCCUCUGUUCCAUAUUAUGAUUACGCACUUGACACAAUUCUUGAUGUAGAAAGAGGGCAUAGCACGUUGAGCGAACAGCAGCAGGAGCUUGUUGAGUCGGCGGCAGAAAUGCUCUAUGGUCUAAUUCACGCGCGAUACAUACUGACCCAAAGAGGUAUGACAUUGAUGUUGGAGAAGUACAAACAGAACCACUUUGGACGUUGUCCAAGAUUUAUGUGCGCGAAUACGCCGUGCUUACCGGUCGGCACGUCGGAUAUCUUUCGAACUGCGACGGUGAAAAUAUUCUGUCCGAAGUGCAAGGAUAUAUACUUUCCUCGAAGUAAAUAUCAAGGAAACACCGACGGAGCGUACUUUGGAACGACGUUUCCGCAUUUGUUUCUGAUGAGCUUCAAGCACUUGCAGACCCCAAAACAAACUGACUUGUAUGAACCUAGAAUAUUUGGAUUCAAGAUUCGAGAUCAAUAGGUAUCGCGAAGACUUGUCGUCUCGCGAACAAACUGUAGUUGAUGCACCAGUGAGCUUGUGGUAGAGAACAAAAAAUACUGAGCUUCACAAUGCGUCAAACUUCCAGCAUUGACGAUGUAGGCAAUGGACUUUGAGCCAUGACACAAGAAACACGGAGUUGCACUCUGUUUAAAAACGACCUCGACCUCCUCGACCGCUUCGGCCACGGGCGCUAAACUGGGCGCCCCGCCCACCUCGACCUCCCCGACCACCUCUUCCUCCCGUGGAUCUACCCCCUUGACCUCUACCGCGAACUUUACCAGCACUGCAAAUAAAUUAGUGCGUAUACAAUUGAAGAAUCAUUCAUGGUCACCUUGUUGUAUUCGUGAAGCGUUCAACCGGUAACAGCUUGUCGGGGCUUAUGUAGAAAAUUGCACCUGAGUGACAGGUAAGAAACGUGCAACAAGAACAAGGAAAAGGAUAGUAAACCUUUUUCGUAUGAGCUUGCAUUGAUACUCUCGAGGAGCUUCACUGUAAACAACUUCAUUCGUUUGAUGUUUAGUUUGGCGUCAUGAAUGCGAGGUGAGCACUAUACCGUUUCAUUCACCGGGCCAAAUAUUUCUUCAAUUUUGCCAACCUAAAGAGAAAGUGAGUUCUCUCCAUAUCGAAACAUUUCGACAUACUUGGGUC